GCCCUCCUCUGCAGUCCAGCGAGUCACGUUAUUGGUGGAUGAGUGAUGGGGGAAGUGCCGUUGCUCUGGAAGUUUGUUACCUUCUGCCAGGAAAAGUGUUGAACCCAAGACAAAAAGAAAGAAAGCGCUAUUUUUUUUUGUUAGACAUUUGCGGGUAAGUAGAGUAGAAAAGUUAAAAGUUAUUAGUUAUUCGAAUUGUUUUUCAGCAGUCGUAUCGUUCCGUCAUGGAGUUUGGUGAAGAGCCGUCGCCCGCUCUGGCUUUCGAGAAGGACGCGUUCGAGCUCUCGGUUGAGGAUGUGUAUGACAUUUCGUAUGUCAUCGGACGGGAUUUAUUGAAAAUAAGCAGCACAGGGGAAGAAGUGUCGGAUUUACAGUUCAGAAUAGUGCGUGUGUUGGAAAUGUUCGAGACUUUGGUCAACAAGUACAACUUGUCUCUGGAGGAGUUGAAAAUGGAGCGGGACAACCUGAAGAGUGAGCUGGACAGGAUCAUCAAGGAGAGCUCCUCUGGGCAGGGCACGCAAACAGCGGGACCAAACCAGCUGCUGGUGGACCUCACAGACCCCAACAGACCGCGCUUCACCAUGCAGGAGCUGAAGGAGGUCCUGCAGGAGAGGAACCAGCUCAAAGCUCAGCUCAUGGUGGCUCAGGAAGAGCUUCAGCUCUACAAGAGUGGGAUUCUGCCACAGUCUGAGCCAGCCAUGGUGGAGGUGGAUCUGAAAACACCAGAAGCUACAGAGCACAGUCCAUCCACGACAAAUAAUGCAAAAGAAGAGAAGACAACCAUAGGCAAACUGUUUUCAUUCAGGCGAAAAUAAGAAAAACCUUUCACAAGAACGGACCAUGUAGAAGACAAACUGGAUUUGUCAGCACAUUUUUCUCAUCAUGUAGACACUUUUAUAUUGAAUUUUUUUUCCCAUUUUUCUUGUGUUAAACAACCACUGUAUUUUGUACUGGAAAUUUGAACCUAAGAUGGUUCAUAGUGAUAUAGAGUUUCUGUAGUAGAAAUAUAUAAUACAUAGGUUUGAAGAUAUGAAAUGAAACUGGAAAGUAUUAUCUAGAUUUUGUUGAAUGCAAUCACUCAAAAUGAAGAUAUUUAUAAGCUAUAAAUUGUAAUUUUAUAAAUCAAAAUUAAGUCUUUCAGGUGCUUCGUGUUGGUCCAGUAAUCCUAAACAUUUUCGGUCACUCUAAACUAUCAAAGAAAAAGUGUCGCUGCUCUGGCAUACAAUGGAACUGCAGUUGAAAGACAAUAUGCAGUGUGUGAAAAACUAGACAUGCAUUUUUAUCUGCAUGUGUUUCAGUCUUGCGACUCCUUUGCAAUACGCAGUGUGGGGCAGAUGCAAAAAUGAUAUUGCCUAGCUUAUGGGUUAAGGCAAAUACCAUUUAACUACAACAUUCGAGACUCCCUUCCAGCCGAGGACCUUUGUUGCAUGCUAUGCCCCCCUGUCCCUUACAUUUCCUGUCUGUUUUCAGACUCCAAUGUAUCAAAUUAAGAUAAAAAUGCCCAAAAUAAGUGGAGGAGAUGGUCAUCUUAGAGCACAAUAUGUCAUUUAUGUCUCAGAUCUUCACCAUUAACCACGCCACAGCUGGAAUGAACACUCGUUUUAUUCCUUAAUUUACAGCACAGUUAAUAAUUUACAAUAGGGAAAUUGAAUUGUCAAUUAUAUUCAUUGCAAAAGGAAACCCCAUGAGGAGAAAUACCCUUCAAGCUUGCAUCAGUCUGCUACAUUUAAGAUUAAAAAGAAAUAUAUAAAACCAUGAUAAAAACAGUUGCAAAAAUACACUUGAGUUGAUGCAUUAGCCCCAAUUUAAAAUAAAAAUAUUUUGUAUGCUUAAUAAAAAAAGCAUUUUGAGGACUACUUAUCUAUAGCAUCUUUUACAUAACCCUGAACAGGACAGCACCAAUUCAUCUAAAAUAUUACCAUUUGUGGUUGAGGAUUUAGUAUUUGAGCCAAGGGUGAGCCAAGACUGAGGAUUUACUCCGAUCACCGUAGUCGUACAGCAGCUCUUCCUCUGCUUUGAUGUCUCUGGAAGCCACCAAAAUCAGAUGAGGGGUACCGUUGAUGGGGUGAAGCCUAGUUUGGCAGUUUCCAGUUUUGCUGUGGUUGAUCAGUCUUCCAAGACGGCUCGUUUCCUCCGUAGCGUCCACACUAACAUGGAAACAAAGAUUUACUGUCAUUACAACACAAGACAGGUCAAAUUAGAAGUCAAGAAAAUGUUAAGGUUUCCUUUUUAAGACUACUGCCAUCUUAAAUCUUAACCAAGUUAACAAAUUGAAGAAAGAAAAUGAUUAAAAAUGAAAUAAGUGAAACCCAGCAUCAAUCAUGUUUUAACAUUUGGACUUACCAGUACGUUUUGGAUUGAUACUGGAAGUAGUACAUGUAACAGCCUUUUUUAGGAUCCUGAGCAUACUGGGCCUCUCUUCUUUUAGCCUCAGCUAGUUCCAGUAGAUCUCCAUGGUACUCCACGACAAACUCUCCCUUUUUGAAGCUCUUGACAGCAAAUAUUCCUCUUCCUUUUCCUUCUAUGUGUUUGAUCUGUUGACAUUCAAAAGCAACAAAGUGUGAAAUUUAACUGAAUUAGUAAUGGUGCAGGGGUUGCUUUACUACCACAUUCAACAAUAUUUAAUGUAUUACAUUGUGGUUAGUGAUUGUCAAAAUUAGCAACCAAGUAUUAAAUCACUGACUGCUAGAUUACAGAGAAAUAGUUUAGGGAAAAAAAAAAAAAGAGAAAAAAAACAUUUGCCUCUUUCGUUGUUUAUUACUGAUCUACAGAAAAUAUUGCAAAUGCCUAGAGUGAUCUCAAAUCUAGAAGUCUGCCAUAAAAGACCACUGAAAUUC